GGGGAGAACACGGACCGUGUUUCCGACGGACAACAACAGGAAGACUCAGCCGAGUGCUCGCGAAGAAGAAACCCUGUCGCAACUUGGUAAAAUCUGGGAGUUAAAGUCCUCGUCAUUCGGACCCUUGUGCCUGAAGGGUCUCAGAAGAAGGAUAAAUGUCUGAUGCCUCAGAACUCAUUAAAGAGGAAGAGGAGGUGAUUGCACCUGAACCAGAGGACCAAUCGGACGACAGCAGCGGGGACGAGGCCGCAGGAGACACCGAGAUGGACUUCCUGCGUAACCUCUUCUCCAGCAGCCUCGGCCUGGGCUCGGCGGACAGAGUCCUGGACGAGCUGACUCUGGAAGGCGUGGCGGAGUACAUAAAGAGCGGCAAAUGUGAAAACAUCAUCUGUAUGGUUGGAGCCGGAAUAUCCACAUCGGCUGGGAUCCCUGAUUUCCGCUCACCAGGAACCGGCCUGUACGCAAACUUGCAAAAAUACAAACUCCCUUACCCAGAGGCCAUCUUCCAGAUAGAUUAUUUUAAGAAACAUCCAGAGCCUUUCUUUGCCUUGGCCAAGGAGCUUUACCCAGGACAGUUUAAGCCGACACUCUGUCACUACUUCAUUAAGCUGCUGAAGGACAAGGGUUACCUGAGACGCUGCUACACACAGAACAUCGACACUCUGGAGCGCGUGGCCGGCCUCGAGGGAGACGACCUGAUCGAAGCUCACGGAACCUUCUACACGUCCCACUGCGUGAGCUUCUCUUGCCGCCAGGAGUACAACCUGGACUGGAUGAGAGAUAAGAUCUUUUCCGAAGACAUUCCCCGAUGUGACAAGUGCAAGAGUUUGGUGAAGCCAGACAUCGUCUUCUUCGGAGAGAGCCUACCGGUUCGGUUCUUCACCUCGAUGAAGAUGGACUUCCCUCGCUGUGAUCUCCUCCUCAUCAUGGGCACGUCUCUGCAGGUCCAGCCGUUCGCGGGUCUCGUCGGCAGGGUUUCAAAAAGUUGCCCCCGACUGCUCAUUAACAUGGAGAAGGCGGGGCAGGCCGAUCCCCUGUUCGGGUUGGUGGGCUUUGGAGGAGGGAUGGACUUUGACACGGACAAAGCGUACAGGGACGUAGCUCACAUCAGUACGUGUGAUGACGGCUGUUUGGCUUUCGCUGAGCUGUUGGGGUGGAAGGCGGAGCUGGAGGAGCUGGUGAAGCGGGAGCACGCGAAGAUUGACAGCCUGGCGGAGCAAGAGAAGGCCGGGGAGAGCGCAGGGGCUGCAGCCGAGGGGAGCGCGGCACCAGAACCCGAGAAGGAGGAGUAGCUGCUGGCCUUUAGAAGAAGAUGAUGAUGAUGAUGGGGGGGAGGGUGGGGGGUUGGAAGUGAUCCUUUGACGGACGUCGCUGUCUCAUUUUCCAUCGGCGGACAUUAAUCUCACUCUUAUGCUUCUGUUUACGUCAUUUAUUUGCACCCCCUGUUUCCCCUUUUGCACUAGCUCGCUUCCAUCUCCGCUGUGUAUUUCUCUUCAAGGCUGGUAGCAGUGUGGGCAGAUUAUUGUUGGGCACAUCAGAUGUUGUGGGUUUUGGGCCUCGUUCACUUCCUUGGGUGUGUGUUUGCAGUUCAAGCCCCCAGAACAGAUAACCAGGGUUUUUAUCCCUCCGAGAUGAUCCGUUGGCCUAAUUGGUCGUCAGAGAGAGGAGAGAUGAGGUAGUUGUAAAUAUAACAGCAGGAGAACUGUUUAAGUGGAGCUUUUAAAAUGUUUUAAAUUAACGGUGUUUUUCAUGUUAACCAUCUUCUUCCCGUUUGAAUUUAUUUUUAUUGUUUCAUCCAACACAAUGUUGAUAAGGCGAAUUAUUUGCUCUUAAUGGAACAACAGACUGUGAACAAUGAUUCUGCUGUUUGAAGCUUUGAAGGUUUGAGUGUAGAAAUACAAGAUGGAUUAAAAAGAAGAAUCAUUCCAAUAAGGUGUUUGUUGUUGCAUCCUGGAAUCAAAGGCAAAAGUAUAUUACCGCCUGUACAAUAUCAUGGAAACUUAUCUUAAAAUGUUGCAAUAAAUUGGGACAUUUGUAAAAAGGCAAA